CUCACUUGAUUCUUUUUCAAAAACGAAAGAGGAAAAAUUGUUGCGGUCUCAAAGCUCCCAUCUAGCAUACACAUUAUCUUUUUUGUGGUAGCCGUUUAGCGCGUGAACCUAUAUUAUUGAAAAAUGCCUUCAGAAAGAACACACAUAAACGUAGUAAUAAUUGGCCAUGUGGAUAGUGGCAAAUCCACGACAACAGGUCACCUCGUUUAUAAAUGUGGUGGCGUGGAUCCAAGAACCAUCGAGAAAUUUGAGAAGGCUGCAGCACAGAUGGGUAAGAGUUCUUUCAAAUUUGCCUGGAUUCUGGAUAAACUAAAAGCAGAGCGGGAGCGUGGGAUUACAAUCGACAUAUCCCUGUUGAAGUUCAACACGCACAAGUUCUCAAUUACCAUCAUUGACGCGCCAGGACAUAGGGACUUUAUAAAGAACAUGAUCACGGGGACGUCACAGGCUGAUGCCGCACUACUGGUGGUGUCUGCGGCAAAGGGAGAAUUCGAAGCGGGAAUCUCGAGGAAUGGGCAGACUAGAGAGCAUGCCCUGCUGGCCUACACGCUUGGGGUCAAGCAGAUAAUCGUUUGCGUCAACAAGAUGGAUGUGACGGAACCACCUUACAGCCAGAAGCGCUUCGAUGAGGUUGUCCGUAAUGUGACCGUUUUCAUUAAGAAAAUCGGCUAUGAUCCCACGGCUGUUCCGUUCGUCCCAGUGUCUGGCUGGAGCGGUGAAAAUAUGCUGGCUCCUUCUCCUAAGAUGCCCUGGUUCAAAGGGUGGAAAAUCAAAAGAAGGGAAGGGAAUGCAAAUGGUAGAACAUUGCUGGAGGUCCUGGACUCCAUUUCUCCCCCUGUACGGACUGUAAACAAGCCCCUCCGUCUGCCCCUGCAAGACGUUUACAAGAUUGGAGGUGUGGGCACUGUUCCUGUGGGGAAGAUUGAGACUGGUGUGCUGAAGCCUGGCAUGCUUUUGACCUUCUCUCCGGCUAAGCUCACUGCUGAGGUCAAGUCCAUUGAGAUGCACCACCAGGGUCUCCAGACUGCUCUGCCGGGGCAUAACAUCGGCUUCAACAUAAAGAACGUGGCAGUUAAAAAUCUGCGACGUGGGGAUGUGGCAGGUAAUGCCCAGCAUGACCCUCCCUCGGAUGUUGCCAGCUUUAUUGCCCAGGUGAUCAUUCUUAACCACCCUGGCAUGAUCAAGGCUGGUUACUCCCCGGUGCUGGACUGCCACACUGCUCACAUCACCUGCCGUUUUGCUGAGCUGAGGGAGAAGAUUGACCGCCGGACAGGGAAGAAGCUGGAGGACCGGCCCCAGUGCUUGGUGUCUGGGGAUGCUGCUACAGUCAAACUGACCCCCAAAAAGCCCUUGUGUGUGGAGAGCUUCUUCAACUACCCUCCUUUAGGACGCUUUGCUGCCCGGGACUUGAAGCAGACCGUAGCAGUUGGUGUCAUCAAAUCCGUGGAUAAAACUGAUCAAUGCCCAAAGAAGACUGCACAGAAAGCCCAAAGCCUAAAAUGAACUGCUUGUAUAAUGUUGCACAGCAAUCUAGAAUGCCUAACAGAAAAAUUUAAGUUAACCUUUGUUGGUGUUGGACAGCUUCAUAAGAAAGCACUGUUUUUUUUUUUUUUUUGUUUACUAUUUUUCCAAAGGUCCCGAUUUACUGCUCAGUUGGUGAAAUGUUAUGCUGAAAGCUUCAUGGAAUAAAAGUUGUGCAAAACUAA